GCCAUGGUCUUUGCUGGGUCAAGUGCCUGUUGUUCUUCGCUUCACUCCACAGAUUGCAGCUCCGGUGACGGCGCUCCGAGCUCGCUUGGUGCUACAGGGCGUCAACGUGAGCAACCUGGAGCUGCUCUCGAUCACAGGCCUUCCCCAGGUCUUGGAAGUGGCAGCCUCACUUGGGACGCUCACAGCGUGGGAGCUCCUCUUGGGUGCACCUUUGGCCAAAGACGUCGAGGUCACCUUGCUGCUCCGCGGGGCACCCGGGCA